UCACCACAAUCCCAUCUGUGAUCGACACAGCAGACUGUACGACCUAAAAUAAGAUAUUUUCAUUGGUAAAAUUACGGAUUCUUCGUGGCAAGGCAAAAGGCAACGGCUGGAGUUAACGCGGUUUAAAAUCAUCCAAGAGGUCGUCUCCCCAGCGGUGAUGUUUGUGGCGUAGGCUCAGGGUGUGUCUCACCUCCCAUGGUGUUACCACCAUGGACCCAGAGUCAGCCCGCACAUCACAGCCCCAGGGCUCCCUUGGUAAAAGUGGGGUCUCCCUGCUAUCUGGCAGGGGUUUGGGGGCAGCUCUCACCCCUCGAGGGAAACACUAUGCAUGUGGUUCCAUAGCUGCCUUCACCAACAUCAUGGUGACAUUCCCCAUCCAGAAAGUUCUGUUCAGGCAGCAGCUGCACGGUGUGCGGGCCAGAGAGGCCGUCGGGCAGCUCCAACGGGACGGGAUGAGGAACCUCUACAGGGGGCUGCUCCCUCCUCUUCUGCAGAAGACCACCACGGUAGCCAUCAUGUUCGGCCUGUACGAGGACUUCUCCCAUGUCUUACUGGACCAGUUGUCCACAGGCAGCGGCGUUCCUGAGCUAGUGACGCGGAGCUUCGCAGCCUCGCUGGCGGGCACGGCAGAGGCUGCCCUGAUGCCGUUUGAGCGGGUGCAGACUCUCCUCCAGGACCACCGGCACCACGGCCGCUUCCACAACACGGCCCACACCUUCCGGACGCUCCUAAGAGAGUACGGUGUGAAGGAGUGCUACCGCGGCCUGGUGCCAGUCUUAAUAAGAAAUGGUCCCAGUAACAUGCUGUUCUUUGGGCUCCGCGGGCCCAUCAAGGAGCAGCUCCCUGAAGCCUCCAGCCGGGCCGGCCACCUGGUCAAUGACUUUGUGUGUGGAGGGGUGCUGGGGGCGGCGCUGGGGAUCAUGUUCUACCCGCUGAACGUGGUGAAGUCCCGUGCCCAGUCCCAAGUUGGGGGCGCGUUCCGGCCUUGUGGGGAGGUGUUAAUGACGGUUUGGCGGGAGAGAGGCGGCAGCGUGGCCAUGCUGUUCAGAGGGGCCCACCUCAACUACCACCGCUCCCUUCUCUCCUGGGGCAUCAUCAACGCCACAUACGAGCUGCUGCUCAAAGUGUUCUGAUACUGAACAUGGGAUAGAAAGAGGGGGAGGUGUAGAAAGGGGGAGCGAGAGAAAAAAUGAGACUUGCGUAAGUGUUUGAGGGUGAGGAUGAACGCAAUUCUUUUGUUGUUUUAUUGGAUCCCCAUUAGCUGUCGCACAAGCAGCAGCUAUUCUUCCUGGGGUCCGUAUAGAACAUCAAUAGACAAGAAAAGCUCAAGGAUAGAACUACAUUAAAAAAAGGCACCUAUAGCAUUUAUAUCAAUGCAUACACACAAACAAUCUCUGUCAAAUAGGGGAGAGGCGUUGUGACGCGAGGUGUUGCUUUAUCUGUUUUUUUAAUUGAUGCUGUGUCUUGUGUUUGGCACUUGAAACUGAUGUGCCCACUGCCCACCCAAAAAGGUCCAGAUAGUUUAUGUGGGGGGGUAAGUGUCUAUGGCAAACAGAAGAGGACAGAGGGUAUCUGAAAAGUGAAGUUUCUCUACUGACAAUGGCCAUCGGGUCAGUGUGAGAUGAAUUGCCGCUUGUUUAAAGUCACAGUAUCAAAGUGAGAGGUCUGGGUCCAACGAAAGCCUUCAAUCUUUUUUUUAUUUUUUAUAAAUUUAUCAAUUGAAAUGAAUUUGACAAAUGAUUGACAUUCUGUAAGUACCUUUCCCAUUGUUGUCUGAUGUGGUACCCAACAAAGUUUCACAGGCAGUUUCACAGGGGGUAAGCCUUUUCAGUGACCAAGAGCACCUCUUAAAGAACUGUUCAUUGUAUUGACCAAUGUUUCUGUGUGCAUUGAUUAUUAGUCCCUACAACCCCUGCUUUCCCUGCUCUGAUUCUCUGACUGAGCUCUGCUAUUUACCAUGUCGGUCGUCUUGGAUUAUUGCACAGAUUCAACCCUCUGCGGCGUACGACCCUAGCGCCUUGCGGUGUACGACUCUGUGUUUGUCCUGUAGGUAUAGCGCUCGCCAGCUUGUAGUCCUAAAACACGGAAAUGAGUUACCUCUGGUUCGUUCAGCCAUUCCUAUAGGGAAAAUGAAUGGGGAAUGAAUAUGGUUUGGGGAUAAACGCUGAAAAUAAGGUCAGCAUUUUACACAGGCUUAGAAGAUCUUAUACGUUGUGUUCUAUGCAAUAAUAUCAGUCAGUUAACAGGACCUUUAUGAAUUAUGAAGACUGCUUUUUUUAUUAAAUAAAUGCGUCAAAAUUAACAAGUGACAUUAGCUGAUGAAGAUUAUUCCAUAUAACAAAAUGACAAAUCUCCUAAGCCUGUGUAUAUCACAGACCUUUAUCCAAAAACCCUACAAAAACUCAAUUUUGCCACUUCCAUGGUUCGUUGGACAAAGCCUGAGUUAGUGCCUACCAAAAUCCGUUGUUACUGUUGCUCUCUAUAGUGCACUCUUUUACUUGAAAGAUGAUUGGAAAAAGCAGUAGCACAGGGGAACUGAACUAGGGAAGUGCUUCAUUGUUAUGUCAUCCAAUGCCAAUCUAAGGGAAUCUUGAAAAUGUUUGUCAAAUGUGUGUUUAAUUAGCAUAUACCUGAAGUGCUACUUGUAGUGUUUGUCUGUCAAAGUGUUGACAAGUACCCAUUGGUUUAAGUAUAAUUAAAAUGUACUUGUUACCCAUAACUUCUAGUCCUUCAUGAAAUAGACUGAAAAAAUAAUAAUAAAAAAUUCACAGGAA